UUCUGCUACAAUGUGACUGGACUUGAACCCGGUAACCAGUACAAAGUGCAGGUCGCCACUCGAAUCGAAGGAGGAACUUAUGGACCAUGGUCAUCGUUGGUGAUAGCCAACACCUUACAGAUUCUCCCAGAUACCCCAAGGGCGAUCCAUCUGAUCGAGAAGACCGAUCAUUCACUCCAUAUCAAAUGGAUACCACCGAUUGAUCCCAAGGGUCAUAUCACCCAGUACAGGGUCUCCAUCGCCUCCCUUGACGAACCUAAUGAGGAGCGCAAGACGUACCUUGUGGACCAUCCAACUCUCACCUAUCUCUUCGACGGCCUGAAACCCGAAACGUCCUAUAAUAUCUCGAUUGCCGCCGGUUCCAAGAGAGGUUUUGGUCGAGAGAUCUGGACUCGCUACUCCACCGAUCCCUUCACAAUUCCGAUCGUCGUUGCCGCUCCAACGGUGGCCCCAGAUGGAGCUUCUGCUCUUGACGUUCAAUGGUCAGGUGUUGUGGAUACACAGAACAGAGUGAAAGGAUACAUUAUUGAGAUAAGAAACUCUGACACUCCGGUCUGGCAAGAAAUCGGUGGAAUCACUCAUCAUGAUGCAGUGAAGAGGUCGUAUUUGAAGAAACUGACCGGUCUCGACGCUGACACUCUUUACUUCGUUGUGGAUCACAAGCAACGAGUGGGUGGAGCUUCACCAGAAGCUCAAGGCCGUACUGGUUGUGCUCCGCCAACCUCUCCUCCAACAAAUGUCAACCUGGCGUCGCCAUCCAACGUUCAGGUACGGGUCAACUGGCAAGCUCCAGUGAAGGGUUCGUGGCUUUGCUCGAAUAUUCGUUAUAAACUCGAGUAUAUCAAUGGCACACAACCGCGUAUGCAGAUCGAUUUACCCAGCUCUUCAAUUGAACACAUCUUUGAUUCGCCGGCGAACACGAAAUGGCAAGUACGCAUUCGAACUGAGAACGAUGCUGGCGUCUCAGGUUGGAGCAAUGAGCUCGAACUGACCACUUCUGAAGGUGCUCCCGGACCAGUGAGGGAUAUGACUGGUAUCCCAGUGGGACCAACAUCGAUUGAAGCCACUUGGAGACCUCCUCUCGAUCCAAAUGGGGUCAUCACCGGUUACACUCUUGUCUAUAACCUCAAAUCGAUGGGAGAAUGUGGACCAAGAACUUCAACUCCCAUUCAGAAGCAUGUCCGAAGCGAAACUCAGGUCUUGGACGGGCUUCUUCCCGACUCCACUUAUGAGGUUCACGUGAUUGCGCAUACCUCCAUGGCCGGACCACAGUCGAAAGUGAUCACGGUCACUACUGAGGAGGCUGCUCCUACUGGCGCACCCAAUAACGUUCGUGUUGGUUCGAUAACAUCGAACAGAGCCGACGUCACCUGGUCACAGCCAGACUGCGAAUUGCGCAAUGGCAAGAUCACAGGCUAUGAGUAUGAACUAGAGAGUUUGGAUCCUUGGGGAGAGAACACCACUGCACAGCACUCAACUGAAAGACUUACGCUCAGUGAUCUUAUACCGUACAACGAAUACAGAAUUCGCGUUCGAGCACAGAAUGCCGUUGGAGAGGGUCCAUACUCAGAAUGGGUCCGCUUCAUAACACAUCCAGCUGCUCCACCAGCUCCUUCUGAUCUUCAAGAAGGAGGGCGUUUUCCCACAUGCGAUUGA